UUGAAGGCCUUCUGUCUCGUGAGUAAGGAAGGAACAAAUUUAUGAAAAAAAUAAUAUUAUGUAAUAUUGUGAGUGUUAUUUUUUCUCGUUAGAAGUAUUGGAGAACCGAAUAAUGUUUUGUUCUUUUUACAGUUGAUGUGAAUCUGAAACAAUCUACUUGACCACAUAGUAUAACGUGUUUCUAAAACAUUCAUCACAAGUCGAUUAUGGACAUCUUCUUGGAGGAGCAUUCCGAGUACAGACACGCUGUGAGAAUAUGGAAGACAAUUCCGCCGAUAUUGCUCGUGCUAGGAACUCUGGGAAAUUUGUUGACCAUUGUGGUUUUAAUGAGAAGCAAAAGUCGACUGUCCUCUACAGCACUUUACCUUUCUGCACUGGCUGUGUCAGAUUUACUCGUGCUUUGGACAGGACUGUUACGUCAGUGGAUAAUAUACAUGUUUGAUAUUGACAUGCGCCACCUGUCGGAGACCGGAUGUAAGAUUCACAUUUUUCUCGUCUAUUUCGCGACACAAUGUUCAUCAUGGCUCCUCGUUGCUGUGACGUCAGAAAGGUUUAUUGGUGUCUGGUUGCCUCAUAAAGUAAAACAAGGAUGUACACCACGUAUUGCCAUAGUAACCAUUUCUAUAAUUGUUGGCAGUUUGAUGGCCCUUAAUUCACACUGGCUUUAUGGAAUGGGCGAAAAAGAAAUAGAGUAUGGGAAUGUGACAUACGUGCUUAAAUGUCAGUCUAUAAAUGAACAUUAUGGUGACUUCCUUGGGUUUAAAUGGCCUUGGAUUGACCUUUGCUUUUUUAGCUUGGGUCCUUUCACAAUUCUUUUGAUAGGAAACGUUUCAAUAAUUAUUCGCGUGCUCAUCAGCAAACAUAAAACACGGACACAAAUAGCACCUACUACCGGAGGGAUAGAUAUAAUCGGAAGGUCAAACAGGACUACCCAACUAACAGCUAUGCUGAUUUUAUUAAAUGUUGUUUUCUUCAUUUGUACAAUACCAAUGUCAAUAUAUCUAAUUGGUGAACCUAAAUGGCUAAGACAAUUAAAGACAUAUCAUGACCUUGCCGUCUUGAGCUUAUGGUGGUCUGUCGUGAAUUCGUUUAUGUAUUCAAAUAAUGCUGUUAACUUCAUGCUUUAUUUUCUGAGUGGAUCACGCUUUAGACAAGAAGUGAAAUCUUUAUUGCGUGGUGGGCGAUCCCUAUCUAUUUUUGCUGCAGGUACUACGGCGACAAGAGUUGGACCUGGAUCAACGACCAUGAGAUCAAGACAAAUUCUAAAACCGAGAGAAGUUGGGCGUUCACCGUCUCCAAAUAUUACGGGUUUGUCGAUGCCACAACUUGCAGUAGCAGACGACCACGCAGGACGGAGCAACGCGUAAACGCUUUGACCAGAUAUAUGUCUUGAACAUUCUCUCUACAACGAUUACUCUAUCUAAUCUUUAUUUCUUAUUCACCUUUCUUACAAACCAAAAUGUAUGUUAAGGACUUUCAAAAUGGAUAAUGUGCAAGAAAGAAGAGGAUCAAUUGUGUAUUUGUCUUAUUUAACGUGAAAAUUUGUACAGUUACAUCUACAUGUACUCUUAAUCUUUCGCUGUAUUUGUUAUAAGAUGGCUUUCAAUCUUUAUUUGGUGGAAGAAGACGUCAGCCUCACAUAUGCGGGUAUCAUUCAGGCAAGAACCUGUACAUCUCGAGCAUCUUAAUAGAACCACCGAUUUUCCUCAGUAAAAAUUCUAACACGUUUCUUAUUAUUUUGCUAUAAAACUGAUAGGACAAUCUAAUACAUUUUACAGGUAUAUGCACAACAUAUAAGAUUGGAAAGCUUGUAAAAACAUGCCAUAUGACGUCAAUAAACCAAAUGGCGUCAGCAAAAUUACAUAUCGCUCAAUGUAGUUUUCUAUGCAUCGGGAAACAGUAUGUUGUCCCACUGUUAAUCAAAACAUAUGAGGUCCCCUGAAAAUUGUUUACCACUGUGGA